AUGAGCCGCCUACGCCCCGUGGCGGACUCUUUGGAAAAUGUGGGCUUCGUGUCUAAGGGCGAUAAGAAGCUACUAGACUCGAAGGCCCAGACCGAUUACUUUGAAAAGAUAGUCGACCGAUAUAUGCGCUUCUGCGCCCACCACUCCAAAGACCUCGAUGCCGCAUUGGGUUCCCUUCCCACAAGCGCUUCCAGCGACGCAACCUCCAAUCCGCCUGCUGCUGCCCUGCGAUCAACAUCAAACCCCGCUGUGCGGGGUGUUCCGCCACCGGCAACGGAGCUAUCUACACUUCUCCUGUCACUGCGCAAGCUGCGCGAAGCAGUCUUAGCAACAGCAUCCAACAAAACCGUGGAAUUUUCACAACGGGUCCACCUAUUCUCGAUCCGGUUCUCCAUUCUGGCGCAUCACCCUCCGUCAUAUUUCCCAUCUCUGCGAUAUAGCCUCGACAAACUACACUCUCAAUCACACACACUACCAGACUCCGAAGUCAAGGAGCUGGUCACAUAUCUUAUCUUGGAUUAUGCCUGCCGCCAACAGAACAUGGUAGCGGCCUAUGAGUUGCGCGCCCGGGCACGGAAAGAGCAUGCGUUCCAUUCGCAAACGGUCGACAAAGUUUUGGCGGCAUUGUUGCACGAUAAUUGGGUUAUUUUUUGGCAAUUGCACAACAGCGUCGAUUCUUACACUCGCGCUGUGAUGAACUGGGCCUCGGAUCGCGUUCGCAGGCACGCGCUCAAGGCUGUUGGGAGUGCUUAUCUCAAUGUGCAUAUCAGUUGGAUUUUGGGUGGUUGCACGGGUGAUGAGCAGAGUUGGACGUGGGACAAGUUGGUCGAGGUCGAGAAGCUUGGUUGGGCGAGAGAGGACGAUAAGGUUAUCAUUAAACGGCCGAGACAGUUGGCUAAGGCCAAGCCCGCGCCGACGUCAAUAUGA